AAUAGACAAACAGUUGCCAUCUUGAAUACUACGUACGUGCAUAUAUUGGAUCCUUCAGGGCCUUAGAACUGCAGCGAUGGAUUACAACAACAUUAUUUGGAUAAAAGCAGAGGUAACAGACGAGAUAUCAACUGAGGCAGACUCUGCAAUUCGUGAAGCUCAAUUAGUAAACUCAGAGUCCAAGAAGAAACCAGAACUAAAUUUGGGACUAGAGGAAACCGAGAACAUUUUAUGUGUUCCUGAAUUUCAUCCUCAGAUAAUUAAGGAGGAGUGUCUUGAAGAUCCAUUAGUAAUCUCAGGGUCCCUUGGUUCUAUCAAGGAGCCUCCAGAAUUAAAUUUGGAAGCAGAAGAAAGUGAGAAUUUUGUCUUAACCUCUGCAAAUGAUUCUCUUGAUGUAUGUGACCCACUGAGUGUAACAGAUGAUGAGGAGGCAGCUUCAAAAAGAUGUGCACGAGACAGUCCACGGUCGACGAAAGUGGCAAGUGAGGCUGGUAGUUUUGUAUUUGAUGAAACAUAUCAGAGAACAACAGGUGAUAAGCUGGACAUUACUACAGAGAAAUCAGCACAUUUCGUCAGUAGUGGAACUGCAGUACAAGUGUUUCUGUCUAAGGAGGACACUGCAUUAUGUAGUAGAAAAACUAGCAACUUAAAAGAAAGUGAAAUUAAUCAAUUUAUGUGUAGUUCAUGCAAUCAAACUUUUUUGUCAAAAUUUAGUCUCAUAAUGCAUGUGUUCAUUCAUAUUGAUGGUGUGCAGCCACCUUCUCAUGUCUGUACAGCGUGUGGUGAAGUAUUUGAAACACGUGAUAGCUUGAGCAAACAUUCUGUUGUGCAAAGAAGCAUUAGUCACGUAGAAAGUCAUCAACGUAGCACAGUUUCUAAUGAAUAUGAUAGUUUCAUGUGCUGUGAGGUGGUAAGUAGUGGCAAUAAAUUACAGAAAUGUGGUACUUCCAGUAAACCUAUCAAUAAAACAGAUGGUCACAUACCAUACACUUUUGAUAUUUGUGAGGAAUCAUCUAGUCAGCCUGGACAUCUCAAGAGCACUUCAGUAAUAAGUACUGGUAAAAGACCACACAAAUGUGAGAUUUGUGGUAAAUGUUUUUGCGAUUCCAGCAGUCUCAACAAGCAUUCCUUAAUACAUGGUGCGGAUAGACCACAUAAAUGUGACGUUUGUGGGAUAGCAUUUACUCGAGUUGGUCAUCUCACGGAGCAUUCACGAAUACAUACUGGGGAGAGACCACACGUAUGUGUGGUUUGUGGGAAAUCCUUUGCUGUGAUGGGCAAUUUCAAUAAGCAUAUCUUACUACAUACUGGCGAAAAACCACAUAAAUGUGUCAUUUGUGGUAUGUCAUUUACUCAUUCUAGCAAUCUCAAAGUUCAUUCGCUCAUACAUACUGACAAAAGGCCACACAAAUGUGAGUUUUGUGAUAAAUCGUUUACUACACCUGGCAGGCUCAAGGUGCACGUUAUUAUGCAUACUGGUAUGGGAUCACACAAAUGUGACGUUUGUGGAAAGUGCUUUACUCAGUUUGGUAGCCUCGAGGCGCAUAGAGUGAAACACACUGGCCAGAGACGACACAUGUGUGACGUUUGUGGCAAAUCAUUUGCUAGCCGUGGGAAUCUCAAUGUACAUGCAUUAAUUCACAAUGGCGUAAAACGAUACAAAUGUGACGUCUGUGGGAAAUCCUUUUAUCGGUCUGGUGGUCUGAAGGCGCAUGUAUUAGUGCAUACUGGCGAGAGACCGUAUAAAUGUGAUUCCUGUGGGAAAGCGUUUACUGAGUCUGGUAAUUUGAAGAGACAUGUAUUGAUACAUACAGGCGAGCGACCUUUCAAAUGUGAUGUUUGUGGAAAAGCAUUUACUCAGUCUGGUAGUCUCAAGGCCCAUGCAGUAACACAUAUUGAUCAUAAAACAAAUAUCCAGUAAUGUGAGGUAUAAUUAGGAGUUAUUGUUAAGCCUAGGAGACCGAUUCAAGAGGAAAUAAAUUUCACAAAAAUAUUUGACCAUCUUAAUAUAAGAUGGCGAAAGCAAUAAAUGGAAGACAGCUGCAGUGAUACGUUUCUUACAGGUUAAGCUAGGCCUGUAUGUCAGCAGACAUAUGAGAAUAGCUAAAGAAGUGUGAUGUUGAGAGCAAAUGCUCUGUUAUGGCUGUUAAUGUAUUUUGGAAAGUAUUUCUGCACUUUCUUACAGGAUGAGAUAUCAGAUGGUUGUCAAGUAUAUUUUACUGGAGGUGUCUAAAAACCAAAGACAAAUGUAUGGGGGAUUAAAUUUUCAUAGAUGUAUAUGUAUAUUUUUGCAUGUGGAGAUGUAAAUUGGCCUUUUUUUUUUUAUUCAGAAUUAUCAAGAAGUGACAUGUUUAAACUGAUUGAAAACAGCCCUCUUAACCGUGUACUAUUUAACUUGUUUGAUGUAUGUCUAGUGGAAAAACUCUUAGCAUAUGUUGUCAGUUAUGUUUAAGACAUGGACUCCCUGUAUUUUUCCGGUAGUGUUCACAAUGCAAAUGUAUAUUAUAUAAUAUUCUGAAAAUUUGUGGUAAUUCAAAUAUGUUAUGAACUUGAAUCCUUUUUGAGUAUCUGCUUACACCGUUUAAACUUCAUGUUUUAUCAGUCUGCAGAUAAGCACUGUUUUUAGAGACACCUUUACGCAUGUGUACUUACGACAAUUUAAACUAAUUCUUGUUUCAUCAUUUGUUACUCAAGGCUGUUUUUAUAACUUCAAUAUCUUGAAAUAGUAUUAACUGGUGGGAUUUUUAUGCCAUGUUAUGUUAAUGAAUUGUGAUUCUUGUCUAUUACUCUUCCUUAGGAAUGCUACAAUUAGUUCCGCAAUUUUGCUUUUUAAUAAAGUAAAACAAAUUUACAAUUUCACUAAAGACACCUUUAGUAACUUUUGUAAAAGUAACAUGAAGUGCUAAAUUUAUUAUCCAUUGCUAGCUGUAAAAUAGCUUUUUGUCAGAUGACUGACUACUGGAUGUUACUUUAUUUUCUUAUCAGGAAAAGAAUAACAAACGAAAUGUCUCCUGCUUGCUAGGUAUUCUUCUUUAUGUUGAUAAGGAAUAGUCAUUUUACUUCAGCAGCCUCUUUGGUUACUGCAGACAGGUUUGCUGCAUGCUGAGCUAAAUGGUGCAUCAUUGCCACAGCUAAUGCUAUGCAAUCUGUCUGCCCUGCCCUGUGUUGAAUAAUUGGGAGUGCUUUCUUUAAUGCCACCUUCUGUCCCUCAACGAUUUGUUAUCACCAAGAGAAACAGUAUUGUAGUUGAAAAAUUAGUUUCUGGCCAUCCAGGUUGUGUACAAAUUAACUGAUGCUACUAAUCCAAGAUCUGAAAGGGCUUUUCAAUUAAUAGUUUCGUAUUCAUAUUAGUAACCCAUUCUAGUGAUCAUGUGUCAGUACACAUCAGGAAUUCAGUGCUGCAUGUAUUUUGACCUUCACCAAGUGGAUAUUUUCAAAUCACAUGUAGUCUGUUUCUUUCUGUGCAUGUGAAAAUUGAGCAAUACAGUUUUCCUUUAUGGUAUUUUUGUUCUCGAAAGCAUACUGAUAUUUUGUAUGUUGAAUGAAAUGUGCUGAUUGUCUGCUUUGUUGUUCUUACAUAUUUUUGUUUGUUUGGAACCACACUAAACAGUUCUGAACUUCAUUGUUGCAUGACAUGGAAGAUGUGGAAGUUUCAUGAACGGUUUUCUGCUACCUUGAUUAACUGCUUAAUCACUGGAGGAUGGAAGAUGGCCUAUCUAUAAUAAGCACAUAAUAUGUGAUUUAUGUUACAUUUUUGUAAGUAUGUAAUAAGUAUGUAAGUAGUGCAUCUGCAGAAAAGCUCAUAUCCUGUUGGGAUAUUUGGCAAUGCAUUUCUUAAAUUUCUGGUAGCUUAUUGUCCAACAGCAAUGGCCAACAUAGAUCUGUUACACAAUUGCUUAUAUUUCAUAACUUUAGUGUAACUUCCGAAAUCACCCAUAUAUAAUUUGAAAUUUUACUCCUUUCCAAUGUUUAUUCAUGAACAAUAAUUUACCCAAAGUCAGGUAUGGACCUAAAUAAUUUACAGAAAUCUAUGAAAACCAUAACUUUGUUGUGCAAUUGUGAAAUAAAAUCUGCAAAGGCGAUGGAAGUCCAGGUGUAUAUAUAUAUUUGUUGAUGGAUGCAGUAUACACCAAAUAUUCAUUUUUGUGUAUAUCACUUCAAAUUUCCAGUCUGAAUUUGUCAACGCAGUUACCUUCUAUCAGAAAUAACAUGACAUGGUGUUCCCUUUUGACUGUU